UCAGUCGUCAUAGCACAUGUAUUUCUUCGCAUUUUGCAUUACUUUGAGCGGGCGGGUAAGGCGAAGAAGAAAUCAAGAGCACUCUUCGAAAACGCGCUCUUCUCGUACGCGAUUUAAAAAUCAGACACGCGGGAGUGACAGAUCUCGGUGAUUUUUCCCGCGUUUUGUUGCAAAGAUACGAGAGGAAAGGAAGAACAGACGACGCGAAGGAUAGCAUCGCCACGCGUUAUUAUAUUAUUAAGACAAAACGACAAAGGACGACAUGAAUCUGUCGUUCGCUGGUUGCGGUUUCCUCGGCAUCUAUCACAUCGGCGUUGCUAUCGGUUGGAAAAAGUACGCGUCUCAUUUACCGCUGAAUAAAUUAAGCGGCGCGUCCGCAGGUGCUAUGGCCGCGUGUUGCUUACUUUGUGAUAUAUCUCUUGAAGAAACUGUAAACGGUAUUUUAUACAUGGCACAUACAGCGCGACAACACGCACUUGGACCAUUCAGUCCAUAUUUCAAUAUGCAACACAUAUUAUUUGAGAACCUACAGAGGAUUCUACCGGACGAUGCUCACAUCCGUGUAAAUGGCAAACUGCAUAUCUCUUUGACUAGAGUAUAUGAUAGGAAGAACGUGAUAGUCUCACAAUUCAAUUCAAAAGAAGACUUACUACAAGCUCUACUAGCCACUUCGUUUGUGCCAUUGUAUUCUGGUUUGCUGCCACCAAGAUUUCACGGCAUCAGGUACAUGGACGGUGGUUUUAGCGACAAUCUUCCUACGUUCGAUGAAGAUACUAUUACUGUAUGUCCAUUUUGCGGAAAGAGCGAUAUUUGCCCUAGAGAUAUCUCGCAUCAGCUUUUUCACCUCAAUGUCUCUAAUGUGAGCAUAGAACUUUCUAAGCAAAAUAUAUAUAGGUUCAUACAGGUAUUCUUUCCGCCUAAAACAGAGAUUCUCUCGAAUAUAUGUAGGCAAGGAUGCGACGAUGCACUACAGUUUUUGCAUGAUAGAAAUUUAUUAAAAUAACUCAGAAUACACUCGUAUGUAACUUAUUGUUAGAUAAAAAAAGUAUCCGAGCACGUUGUGAUCAAUAGUAAAAUUUAUGACAUAAAAUAGUAAUUAUAAGAUACAAUACUUGAAAUAUAUAACCAGGUAAGAUUCGUAAAAUAAUAUUUUUGAUAUUUGUUUUGAAAAAAAUUUUUAAAUAAGAUAAAUUUUAAUACAUUAAAUGAAAUUUGUUGCAUAUUAUUAAAUCAAAUAAAAUGUUGAU